ACUAAACACAAAUGAUAAAAAUUGUAAUCAUACUAAUAAAUAAAAGGUACCAGCAAGCUGCUAUAUAGUCAUUACUUUAUUAGUGUUAUUACUUAACUAAUUUACUCAAAACACGAUAGGUAAUUCGCAGUUUUAAUAAUACACAGAAACCGAGAAACAGCACUUUUAAGCUUUCAUUUGUGUAAUAACUCACUAUUUUAUUCUAUACGUUAACCAUGUUUAUGAACGUUGCCAGAAAUAUGUCGUUUUCAAAAAUUAUUUCAAGAACAUUCAGCUUAACUACAACUAGGCAUAGAAUAAUUAAAAUUCAAGAUCAAGAAGACUUCAAUGCACAAGUACUAAAAAGUAAAGAGCCUGUGGUGAUAGAUUUUUUCGCAACUUGGUGUGGGCCAUGUAAAAUGUUACUUCCUCGAAUAGAAAAAAUAAUAGAAGAACAUAAUGGUACAAUUCAUCUUGUAAAAGUUGAUAUUGAUGACAAUGCUGAAAUUGCCAUGGAAUAUGGCGUAUCAGUAGUACCAGAAUUAGUUUUAAUGAAAGACGGCAAAGUUCAAGGAAAAAUGAUUGGACUACAAGAUGAAGAUAAACUUAAAAAAUUUGUUUCAAAAUUAUCUGAGCCAAGCACAGAAAAAAAAUAAUAUACUUUAUUCAUGAAAUUUUAUUUAGGUAAUUGGAUUCAGUUAGAUUUACGGUUUUAAUGCUAUUUAUUUAAUUUUUUAAAUUAAAUAUUUAAAUAUGUAAUAAAACAAAAUUAGUUAUAAUUUUGAAAAAAAUAUAAUUUAUUAAAUGUAUUAUUCAAACAUUUGAAUAAUAGUCCUUGCUCGUUGA